AUGAAUAAUUAUUAAGAAAAAAUUGGUUUAUUUAGCAUCAAUACUAUUAGUCCAAAAGAAUGGCAAUUAAAUGCUGAUUUAGAUAUAGAACUUUAGGCUAAACCAAUAGAAACAGAUAAUCUUGAUCUUCUUUUAAGUCCUUUGACUAAAGUUUCAAAUCAAGCCAAAUUAUUUUUGGAUUAUGAAAAAAAAUCACGUGUUAGUUAAAUUUCAAUGUUAGGAAAUAAUAUGAUGGCUUACUUUAAUCUUAAAAAAUUUUUGUAAAAACUUAGUAGAAAUAGAGAGAAUUUCAAAAAGUUAACUUAAAAACAUUUAGAUGUUAUAAAUGAUUAAGCAUCUGAUUAAACAGUAUUGUUGAAUAGUAACAAACAUAAACCAAAGUUAAAAAUCUUUGAUUUUCCAACAUUGUUAUCUUAAUUAUCAAAAAAAAACUCAUUACUGACAACUUGGAAGAGAAGCAUGCUUGAAAAUCUAAAUAAAAUUCCUUUAAUUCAUCCAGAAUCUACCAAAAAAUUAAUAUGGGAUUAUUUCAUGACAACAUUACGAAUAAUUUUAAUGAUUUUGCUUCCUUUAGAAAUAGCAUUUUAACCAGGGAUUGUAUUUGAUGCAGCAUCAAUAUUUACUUCAGUAAUGAUUCUAUUAACAAUAUUGGAUAUGAUAUUACGUUUGAAUACUGUUUAUUAUGAAGAUGGUAAAGCAAUUAAUGAUAAAUGGAAGAUAUUUGAAUUAAAAAUCUAAGAAUGUAUCAUAUUUGAUUUGAUAGCAAUAUUUUCAUUAACAAUAAAUUUUGGACUAGUUUUAAGGAGUAUUUUGCCAUCAUACAGUUUAUAAUUUAAAUAUGUUUAUGAAGUAAUAAAUAAAAGUUAAGAAUCCUCCUAUUUAAGUAAACCAAUUUAAGGUUUAAUGAAAUUAAUAUGGUUUAUAUUAACUCUAUUAACAAUUUUACAUAUUUUUAGUUGUAUUUGGUUUUUAAUAAGUAAGAAUACAAUUGGUGAUAAUUGGGUGAAGCAUAAGGAAAUAGAACAAAGUGAAUGGGCAACAUAAUAUAUUGAAGCUUUAUAUUUUUCAACUGUAACUAUGCUUACAAUAGGUUAUGGAGACAGUGUACCUUAAAAUUAAAUUGAGAAAUUAGUUUCAAUAUUAUUCAUUUUAAUAGCAUGUUUAUGGUACUCUUAUGCCGUAAAUACAAUAGGAUAGAUUAUUAAUGAAUUGACAUAUAAUUCAGAAAAACGAAGAUAAAGAAUUAGAGUAAUUAAUGGUUAUAUGAGUAAGAGAAAGUUUCCUUAUUCUUUAUAAUUUAAAAUAAGAGAAUAUCUUAAUUAUAGAUGGAAAGAAGAAUAAGAAAGCGAUAUUACUUAAGAGGAUAAACUUAUAAAUGAAUUAUCAAAUGAUCUUAAAUAAGAACUUGAAUUAUUAGGUCGUAAGAAUUUUAUUGAAAAAAGUUAACUUUUAUAACAUUUUUCUAAUGAAUUCAAACGAUCUGUUAGUCUUCAUAUAAAAAGAAUAAUUAUUCAACCUCAUAAUACUUUUUAAAUGAGAAAAGAUCCUUGGUUAUGUUAUUUAGAAUCUGGAUAAUUACAAUUCUUAAUGACAGAAAUAAAAGAAGGUUAAUUUUUAUAAGAGUAUGAAUUUAUAAAUGAUUCAUAAACUUCAAUUCCUUAUAAGGCUAUUGGUUAUGUAUCCUUAUUAAUCAUCUAAAAAGAUAUUUUUACUAAGAUUUUAAAAGCUCAUCAAACUGAUCAUGAGAAAUUUUCUCAUUUGAAAAUGAAAUUAAGUAGUGAUUAAUAUGGACACCUAUAUGAAUGUAAAUGGUGUAGUACACAUGGUCAUUCAACAAAUUGUUGUCCUUUAGUCUCAUAUAGAUAUGAUAAAGAGAUAAUAAUUAAGAAACAUUGUUUUCCUAAGUAAAAUGAUAGAGUUUUUAUUAUACGAAAUCGUAUUAAAAAUUAUUUCAAAUCUCUUACUGAAAUGGAAAUGAUUUAAGAAUAUGUUGCAUUUUUCUAGAGUGAAAAGCAACAAGUAAUUUAAGAUCAACUUAAAAAAUAGUUAUCUGAUAGCCAAAUUAAUUUACAAAUGUAAAGGAAAUAAUCUGGCUUUGAAGAUGAAUUUUAAGAAUUUGGAAUUAAACGUAAAUCUAUUCAUGAUAACAAUGGUAGAUCACCUAUUCAAAAAUUAGGAAACUCUAAUUUUGGACAAUCAAAUUUCUAAUUUUUAGGAGUUAUUAAACUUAAACAAUCCGAAUUGGAAAAGUCUUUUAUGUUAAAGACUAUCUAACCUAAUAUGAUUGAGGAAGAAUAAAUACAAAAUAUUAAUGCUCUAUACUUAAAAUCAAAAAAAGAAGGUUAAGUAGAUUAAGAUUUAGAAAUGCUCUAUCUAAAAUAUAAUUGUCAUCCUACUAAAGAUUUUGAUCAUAUUAAAAGUUAUUAGCAUUAUUUACCAGAAUUUAAUGUUGAAUAAGUAAUAAAAAAGAAAAGAGAAAUUUACAAAAGCUAUUUUAAAGAACUAAUUAGGUAUAUGUUUUAUCCUUUCUUAUAUGUCCUCAAAUUUAAUAAAAUAGCACAAAAACGAAAAUUAACAGGAAACUUUUAAUAAUUUGUAGAUAUUACGAAAUUCAAAAAAGCUCUUCUUAAUAAGAAAAGAAGAUAAACUUCUGUGUUUCCUAAUGGAUAACCUUUGAUUCAAAACUGA